GGUCACGGAAGCCAGAAAAGGAAAUAUUUUCAAGAAAAAAAAUAUCACAUACUUCAGCCAUGUGGAAGAAGCUCAACUAUAAGAAAGAUCGACUGGAUCUGACAAUAAUAUGGCAGAAUGGCAGUAUGCAUUCCCCAUGACUGAUUGAGAGUGCCUUUGGAAGAUGAGUUUCUCUCUGUGCAUCAAGUUGACAAGGCAUUUGGGGUGGCACACUGAAAAGGAAGGAAAAGAGAAGCGACUGAAGCAAGCUAAAGAAGAAGCUAUGGCAGAAAUUGACCAGUACAGAAUGCAGAGAGAUAAGGAGUUCAGACUGAAACAAUCUAAGAUAAUGGGCUCUCAAAGUAAUCUCUCAGAAGAAGUAGAAGAGCAAACACAAGGGAAGAUAAAAGAACUGAAUGGAAGCUACAACAAAUGCAUGGAAAGUGUGUUGAAGCAGCUUUUGAACACUGUUUGUGAUGUGAAGCCAGAAAUCCAUGUAAACUACAGAGCCACCAACUAAAUGGGCACCCUACUGUUCAAUAAAAGCUAUAUGCAUGCCACC